GCCGGAAGCGGGCUAGCGAAGAAGCGACGUCGCGCCGCAGGAUCUCGAGCAGCUGCCGCCGAGCCGAGCCGCCGCCAGACCGCGGAGCCGCCGCCAUGGCCGAGAGCGACUGGGACACGGUGACGGUGCUGCGCAAGAAGGGCCCCACGGCCGCGCAGGCCAAGUCCAAGCAGGCCAUCUUAGCAGCCCAGAGGCGAGGAGAGGACGUGGAGACUUCCAAGAAAUGGGCUGCUGGUCAGAACAAGCAGCACUCAAUCACCAAGAACACGGCCAAGCUGGACCGGGAGACGGAAGAGCUGCACCACGACCGUGUGACCCUGGAGGUGGGCAAGGUCAUCCAGCAGGGCCGGCAGAGCAAGGGGCUGACGCAGAAGGACCUGGCCACUAAAAUCAACGAAAAGCCACAGGUCAUCGCGGACUACGAGAGCGGACGGGCCAUCCCUAACAACCAGGUUCUGGGCAAGAUGGAGAGAGCCAUCGGACUCAAGCUCCGGGGGAAGGACAUUGGGAAGCCGAUUGAGAAGGGGCCCAGGGCGAAAUGAGCACAAAGCCUCGAGGUCAGUGCGUUCCGGCUGAUCAUGCUGGUGGUUCCCGGGACCCCCAGUGCCAGCGUGGCCUCUCGCGCUGAGCGGAACACGGGUGUCAGCCUGCUGGGACCCCCACCCAACUGCUGUAAACAAAGCCUUGCAAAGUGUUAGCUUCUCCUGUUGUGUUUCCUCCCUGCCCCCCCUCAGCGAGGAGCAGACCCACCACCCUCUCCCCAGGCGUCGGCCACAUGGGCACAGCUCCCGGGGGAGCGGACGGGGCCUCCCAGGGGUGCGGGGCAGGGCCAGCCCGGUCUGCAGAGGGAAGACGCCCGUCUGGCUGCUAGAGACGCUAAUAAACUAAUAAACAUUCGCUGCUCUUC